AAUAACAAAAUAAUGUUAAAUCUUGGACGCUGUCUCAAUUGGAAGGAGCUUUUGAAAAAUACUUCAAAAAAUACAUCAAUAAUGCUAAUCUUUUCCACCACUUUUUACUAUAAAUAGACAGUAUAUUUUCUGAUACAACUUUAAGAUAAAAAAACAAAAACAUCUACAAUAAAUCAGGGUACUCUCGAACAGUUUAUUCUUGACGAUCAGUCCUUUGCGCAGAUCUACAAGAGUGGCGCAAUUUGUAACCCCACUAAAUCCGGUUAAGGUUUCAGGACAGUUUAGGAUGACUUCAGUGAUCUCUACGGGCGAUAUCAGGAAAUGCAACAGGUGAAAAACGAUUCAUUCUCGCAAUGCGCUGUCGUCGUUCCCCCUAACACGCAGGCUAACCAAGGAAGGUGCACUUCUGGAAGAGAACUGCCUGCAUUUGGGAAGUUCGAGGAAAGGAGAAAUAAGAAUUAUUCUCACGAAACAGAAAACCUGCUGCCAGACGCCAUGGUCGACAACUUGAGUAACUCCAAUGUAAAGGUCGCUGUUCGCCUCCGACCAAUGAACAGAAGAGAAAAGGACCUGAAGACUAAAUGUGUGGUGGAGAUGAACGGGAACCAGACAGUGUUGAAUCCAGCUAGUCAGAACCUGAGCAAGGGAGACCCCAGGAAUCAGCCUAAGGUCUUUGCUUAUGACCACUGUUUCUGGUCCAUGGAUGAGGCCGACACAGACAAGUUUGCAGGUCAAGAUGUCGUGUUCCAGUGCCUUGGAGAAAGUCUUCUGGACAAUGCCUUCUUGGGCUAUAACGCCUGUAUCUUCGCUUAUGGACAGACAGGCUCUGGGAAGUCGUACACCAUGAUGGGUUCGUCAGAGCAGCCAGGUCUGAUCCCGCGGCUGUGCAGCUCUCUGUUUGACCGAACCCUACUGGAACAGAGGGAGGGAGAGAGCUUCACUGUCGAGGUCUCCUUUAUGGAGAUCUACAACGAGAAGGUUCGGGAUCUACUGGAUCCCAAAGGAAGUCGUCAGGCCCUGCGAGUGAGAGAACACAAGGUGUUCGGGCCUUACGUUGAUGGUCUGUCCCGUCUGGCUGUAGCCUGCUAUAAGGACAUAGAGUGUCUGAUGUCAGAAGGUAACAAGUCUCGUACAGUAGCAGCCACCAAUAUGAACGAGGAGAGCAGCAGGUCCCACGCCGUCUUCAACAUCAUCCUCACACACACAGUCACGGACCUGGGUUCUGGGACGAGUGGUGAGAAGGUCAGUAAGCUGAGUCUGGUGGAUCUGGCCGGCAGUGAGAGAGCUGCUAAGACUGGAGCUACUGGAGAGAGAAUGAAGGAAGGAAGCAACAUCAACAAGUCUCUAAGCACACUGGGCUUGGUGAUCUCAGCGCUGGCAGACCAAGGAGCAGGGAAGAACAAGACCAAGUUUGUUCCCUACAGAGACUCAGUUCUGACCUGGCUACUCAAGGACAGUCUGGGUGGUAACAGCAGGACAGCCAUGGUGGCCACGGUGAGUCCAGCAGCUGAUAACUAUGACGAGACGUUGUCCACGCUGCGCUAUGCUGACCGGGCUAAGAGCAUCGUCAACCACGCCGUCGUCAAUGAAGACCCCAACGCACGCAUCAUCAGAGAGCUACGGGAGGAGGUGGAAAAACUACGAGACCAGCUCACUGAGGCUGAGUCCAUGAAGGCUCCAGAUCUGAAGGACAGGCUGGAGGAAUCGGAGAAGCUGAUCCAGGAGAUGACUGUUAGCUGGGAGCAGAAACUAUGCAAGACCGAGGCAGUCGCUCAGGAGAGACAGAAACAGUUGGAGUCUCUAGGUAUCUCUCUCCAGUCGUCUGGCAUCAGAGUGGUAGAUGACAAGUGUUUCCUUGUCAACCUCAACGCUGACCCCGCCCUCAACGAACUGCUGGUCUACUACCUAAAGGAGCACACGCGUGUGGGCUCUGCUGACUCUCAGGAUAUCCAGCUGUGUGGUAUGGCCAUCCACCCUGAGCACUGUGUCAUCAAUAUCACUGCUGAGACUGGAGUGGUGCUCACACCACACCGCACCGCACGUACGUGUGUGAAUGGCUCUUCAGUCACCAACCCAGUCCAGCUUCACCAUGGAGACCGCAUCCUGUGGGGAAAUAACCACUUCUUCAGGAUCAACCUGCCCAGACACCUGGCCCAUGCGGGGGGUGAGGAUGAGGAGGGUGGUGUGAUGAAGAGUUGCCUCAGUACUGACCAGUUGGAGGUGGACUUUGAUACGGCCAGUGACGUCUCCAGCGAGGUCAGCUUCGGAUACGAUUUCGCCCAGACAGAGGUCAUGAUGAAAGGCAUGGGCAACAACGACCCCAUGCAGUCUGUCCUCCAGACGUUGGAGCGACAGCACGAGGAGGAGAAGAGGACGGCUCUGGAGCGCCAGAGACAGAUGUACGAGCAGGAGCUGCAGCAGCUGAGGAAGCGGCUCCCUUCUGCAGAGAAACACACCUUGCUGCUGCAGGGCCCUGGGCAUGCAGGCCUGGAGCCAGCCGGACCCUCAGCAGCAUCGCUCGCAUCAUCACCCUGCGUCCAGACACGCAUGCGCCGCUGGAGUGAGGACAGAGAGGCCAUGAUGACUCGUAGCCUGCGUAGACUGAGGGAACAGAUCGUCAGAGCUAACCUGCUGGUGCAGGAGGCUGGCUUCAUAGCUGAGGAACUCAACAAGAGGACGGACUACCUGGUCACACUGCAAAUACCUGCUGCUAACCUCAAUGCCAACAGAAAGCGUGACGCUGUGCUGAGUGAGCCCGCGGUGGAGGUGAGGCGUAAGGGGAAAGGGAAACAGAUCUGGGCUCUGGAGAAGAUGGAGAACAGACUGGUGGACAUGAGAGAACUGUACCAGGAGUGGAAAGACCAUGACGAAGACAACCCUGUGAUGCGUUCUUACUUCAAGCGUGCCGACCCGUUCUUUGACGAGCAGGAGAACCACAGUCUGAUUGGAGUGGCCAAUGUGUUUCUGGCCUGUCUCUUCUACGACGUCAAGCUGCAGUACGCUGUACCUAUCAUCAACCAGAAGGGAGAGGUGGCAGGACGUCUCCAUGUAGAGGUGUGGCGGGGGAGCGAGGGGCUGGAGGAGACCACUGCAGAUGGAGAGACCCGCAAAAUGGAGUGUGUGGUGAGGAUCCUGCAGGCUACAGGUCUUCCCCGUCACCUGGGUAACUUUGUGUUCUGCCAGUACCACUUCUGGGGGCAGGACGAGCCUGUUUUCAUCGCCCCGGAGAUGGAGCCCUCACCUCCAUCAGCCACCAGCAAAGAGCCCCUCUGCACCGUGCUGUUCGACAGUAGCAAGGAGAUGGAGGUGUGUGUGUCCGAGGAGUUUGUGGAGUUUGUGGCGGAGGGGGCAGUGGCCAUCGAGGUGUUCGGACAUAAACAAGUCAACCACCGCAGGAACCUGGCUCUCUGGGACCUGGGGGUCAUUCAGGCCAAGACACGAACCCUCAGAGAGAGGUGGAGUGAGGUGACUCGUAGAUUAGAGCUGUGGGUUCAGGUGUUGGAGCUGAAUGAAGCAGGAGAGUUCACCCCUGUAGAGGUCCUACCACCCAAGGACGUAGGCACUGGUGGCAUCUUCCAACUCAGACAGGGCCAGUCUCUAACCUGGACCCUGUCUCCCCCUCCCCAGGGCCAGUCUCGUCGUGUUCAGGUGGAGGUCCGGUCCGUACAGGACUCGGGCACCAUGCCUCUCAUCUCCACAAAGGUCCUCUAUGUUUCCAUCGGCAACGUGGAGGUUCGGCAGGCCCGCCCUUCGGAUGAGGACAUGGACAGCUAUCAGGAAGUUGAUCUGGAGAGGUUGAGGGACCAGUGGCUGACCACCCUCACUACAAGACAAGAGUACCUGGACCAGCACCUGCAGAAGAUGGUCCAAAAGCCCGAUAAGUCGGAGGAUGACGUGGAGAGGGAGGCCCAGCUGUUAGAAUGUCGCCUGACCCUGACAGAGGAACGUAACGCCGUCCUGGUACCUUCGACUGGUAGCGGGAUCCCUGGAGCCCCCGCAGAGAGAGUUCCUGUUCCUGGGAUGGAGACUCACAUUCCUGUCCUCUUCCUGGACCUUAGUGCUGAUGAUUUCCAGGACAACCUGUCUGCUCCUCUGGCUGGAGGUCUAGACGCCAUGCUGAACCAGGAGGAUGAGGAUGAGUUCUUCGACCUGCACAUCGUCAAACAUUCCGAUGGAGAGGUUGGAGCGGAGGCGUCGUGGGACUCUACGGUACAUGACUGUCCCCAGUUGAGUCGCGGUGUGUCGGCUGACCUCCGAGUGUACCUGACAGUCAGGGUCGUAGUUCAGCUCUCACACCCUGCUAACAUGCAGCUGGUCCUCAGAAAACGCAUCUGUGUCAACCUAGCCGGACGACAGGGUUGGGGUCAGAGUCUGAUGAAGAGGAUGUCUCAUCGCAGCACCAUCCCUGGCUGUGGAGUCACCUUUGAGAUCGUCUCCAACAUACCUGGGGAUGUCCAGGGUCCAGAGGACAGAGAGAUGCUGGCCAGACUAGCAGCCAGUGUGGAUGUUCAGGAUGUCCAGUCAGCGGACAGUGAGGCUGCCAUAGAGAAGUACCUCCGCAGUGUCCUGGCUGUGGAGAAUAUACUCACCCUGGACCGACUACGACAGGAAGUUGCCGUGAAGGAGCGGUUGUCUGUCAAGACCAAGUCUCCCAGACGUGCUCUCAGCUCUCCUAAUGUGAACCGGCUGUCAGGAUCCUGGAGCAGACAGGACCUGUCCUCCAACCACAGGCUACAUGACAACAAGGGCUGGUCCGAGAGUCACCAGGACCUGUCAGUUGUUCCUCCCCCGUCCCACUCCAGACGUACCGUCCCUAGCUCCGCUCUACCUCUGGCCCAGAACAUCCUCCCUGACACUGGCCUCUCACUGCGUGCUCGUGCUACCUAUUAUUUCUCCCCAGUCAAGGCUCUGGUCCCUCCUGUCCCCAAACUGCUCAAGUCCCUGUUCUCCGCCAGGGAGGAGAAGAGAGACCUGUCUCCUGUCCCCCAGCAGCCUGUUCCUCAGAGCUUGCCUUUCAUCAUAGUGCAGUCACCAAGUGUUGAAGAGGACUUGGAUACCACACUUGGUCGUCACCUGAAAAAUAUGAAGAAAAUAAUGCAGGUUCCCAUUGGGGAAAUCAUCCCCCCAGAGAGCCAAUCAGAGGCCCCAAAAACCAUGCCCCUCCCACCACCCAUCAUCCCUGAGAUGGAAGACCCCGUCCCCAGCCCGGUCAGCGAGGCGUCUACCAGCGUCUCCACGGCAACCCUGUCAGAGCCCUACCUGAUUGGUGGGGACGUCACUCCGUCAGCCAAUCUCAGGCCAGAUGGCUUUGAGGCGAUGCACAGGUCGUUCGAGGCAGGCAUCGGUCGGGAUCUUCAUCAUGACUGUAACAUGGCCGACCAGGAGGAAGAGGAGGAGACUCGUCAGAUACCUCAGGCCACUGCUACUGACCUGGAGGCUUCAGAGACAGACAGGACUGACACUAGCACACCCCAGGCAGACAGGACUGACACUAGCACACCCCAGGCAGACAGGACUGACACUAGCACACCCCAGGCAGACAGGACUGACACUAGCACACCCCAGGCAGACAGGACUGAUAAACUCAGAGCAGAAUCUCCUCUCCCAUUGGAACCACAUGGCACCUCAGUAGAACCUGAAGACAUGACUCCAUCAAAGUCACUGACACAGUCCAUGCCAGACAAGUCUACACAAGUCCACUACAGACUACUACCGUCUGUAGUAUCAAACCAGUCAGAACAAUCAGUCCAGUCAGAGUCACUGACACAGUCCACACCAGAUAAAUCUACACAUGAACUGUCUAUAGUGUCACAUCAGUCUGAACCACCAGUCCACGUAGAAGAACCAAUGGAGUCCGAGAUACCUCACGAACAACCAGAGACGGAGGUAGUAUUGUCAUUAUCACGGGGCCAGACAGAGCAACAUGUCGGUGAGUCUGUAACGGAUCUUCCAGAAUCAGAACUGUCUGUAUCAGAACAGUCUGCAUUUGAUCAACCAGAACCACCGGUAGAAUCAGCACCAGGUCUAAAAGAGUCUUCACCACUGGACCAGUCUCCACCAGCACCAGCCCUGCCACAAGAAUCAGAUCAAGCAGCCACAGAACAGACAGGACUGGGUGAAUCAGCUGGUUCAGAACCAGUACUAGGCCAAACAGAUCAACCAGUAGAAGCAGGUCCAGACCAGUCCCAGCCUCCAUCAGAGCUACCAGAAGAACAAGACCAGCGGGCACCUCUAGACCAGCGGGCACCUCUAGACCAGCGGGCACCGGCAGCCCAAUCUGAACCUGCACCUACCCCUGUUGAACCUCCAGUUGAUGAGCCUGCAUCUAGCCAGCAAGCCAAAGCACCAGCCCCAAUCCCAGCUCCAGCACCAGCCCAAGCUGUAGCUCUGGUCACUACACCUGCCCAUCCAGCUCUGACCUCAACACCAACCCCUGUCCCAGUCCCUACACCUGCCCAUCCAGCUCUGACCUCAACACCAACCCCUGUCCCAGCCAAAGCCCCUCUUCUAACCCUAAACCCUGUCCUAGCACUAGUCGUCAAAACUCCCACUUCCAGAAGCACAUCAGCCAACGCAUUCAAGAUCCAGAGAGUAAAGACAUCCGACCUGAAGUCCUUCCAACCAAUCUUAGUUGAGGAUGAAUCCCAGGCAGGGGCAGAAGGAGUGGGGGCCAGGAGUCUGGGUGAUGACCUGUAUGUUCCUCUGGAGAGACUGGAGAUCCUGUCCGACUCAGAUGAAGGAGCCACUGACGUAGCCACAGCCGUGCCUGACUGGCUGAAGGAGGGGGAGUUUGUGACUGUAGGAACUAAUAAAAGUGGUACGGUGAGCUACGUGGGACCUACAGACUUUGCAGAGGGAACCUGGGUUGGAGUGGAGCUGGAUUUACCUGCAGGGAAAAACGACGGGUCCGUGGGUGGAAAGCACUACUUCCACUGUAACCCUGGUUACGGGGUGUUGGUGCGUCCUGAUAGGGUGAGCCGUGGAGGAGUCGGGGGCGGGGCUAAGCAGAAGCGGCGACAGCAGCAGAAGCGGCGUAGUGCUAACCUAUCCGGGUCCAGCCCUAACCUGGCUGCCCUCACUGCCCUAGCCAAGGGAGAUGGGGCUGGGGCCAGUCGCAAGGGACAAAACCGAAAGUCCUGGAACAGCUGAGAGGAGAGAGUAGCAGGGUUGGGGUCAAUUCCAUUUCAAUUCCGGAAGAAAACUGACAUUUUCAAUGCUUCUCUAUGAGAGACAUGAACUGAAUUGAAAUGGCAUUGAGCCCAACCCUGAUGGAUAAUCCUCUCUAUAUAGAGUUCCAUAGGUGAGAAUUAACCAUAGGGAGAAGCGAGAUCUACGUACACUGAACAAAAAUAUAAACGCAACAAUUUCAAAGAUGUUUACACUUCUUAUAAUGAAAUCAGUCAAUUGAAGUUAAUUCAUUAGGUUCUUAAUCUAUGGAUUUCACAUGACUGGGAAUACAGAUAUGCGUCUGUUGGUCACGGAAAUGUUAUUGGAGGCUUAUGGUAGAGAAAUAAACAUUCAGUUAUCUGGCAACAGCUCUGGUGGACAUUCCUGCUGUCAGCAUGCCAAUUGCAUACUCCCUCAAAACAUCUGUGGCAUUGUGUUGUGUGACAAAACUGCACAUUUUAGAGUGGCCUUUUAUUGUCCCCAGCACAAGGUGCACCUGUGUCAUGAUCAUGCUGUUUAAUCAGCUUCUUGAUAUGCCACACCUGUCAGGUGGAUGGAUUAUCUUGGCAAAGGAGAAAUGCUCACUAACAGGGAUGUAAACAAAUUUGUGCACAAAAUUUCAGUGACAAUUCAGGGUUCUUUUUAUUUCAGCUCAUGAAACAUGGGACCGACACUUUACAUGUUGAGUUUAUAUUUUUGUUCAGUGCAGAAGUUCUGUCUCACUAUUGCUGUACAAAAGGUACCAGGGUCGGGUUCAAUUCAGUCAAUUCAGGAAGGACACUGAAAUUCCAAUUCCAAAUUGGAAUUUCAGUUUACUUCCGGAAAUUGAACUGGAAUUGAUCCCAACCCUGGUCGGUAGAGGUGCAGCUGAAAACCACAGGAACAUUUCAAGAGAUGUACAUCUUGCUCAUUUUUAAAAGUCCAGCCAUCGAUGGACAGAUAGAGGAGAGGCCCAGUUUAUGAUGCUGCAUCAAUGUACAAGUCCAUGUAUCCAGGCUUUUAUACUGUUAUUUCAUAUAAUCUGAAUGUAUUUUUUGUUGUUACCAGUCCUGAGUGCCUUUCAUAGUCAGAUAGGGACUCUCAAGUUCUCAUUAAAAUAACUAAUGUGGUUUAAGUAAUGUCAUUACAUGUCCUUCUGAAGCUUUGUUCACACUGCAGCUCUUAAUGCGCAAAUCAAUAAUGACUGCAUUGUCUUACGUCAGAUCUCGUCACUGCUACGCUCGUCCCUCAAUCUCAGUGCACACACCCGUCGUGCUAUACAAAUGUCUCAAAUCGGAUGUGUGUUUUCAGACUGUAGUCAUUGGCUGACAUGACUGCGCUGGUUGUCAAGGUAAUGGCAGGCGUGUGUGCGGUGCUGUAAGCUGAUUGGUGGUGGUGCUUGUGUUUCCUCUCACUCAGAAAGCUGUUGUGCAGCAAGCUAAGUUGACUGACAACAAUGCCUGCUAUGUAAGUCUCCCAGUUGCUUUGCAUGUUCAAAAUCAUAGCGUGAGAACACUUAUAAAGCCUCAAAGGAUAAAAUAAUCCAACUUUAAAAAUGAGUCAUUUUUGUCUGGCCACAGCAGUCAACUAGCUAGCUGUUUUAGUUUGCUAGCACAUACACUAAUUUGUUUGUAAACAAUUAACAAGCUACUUAGCUACCACAAGUUGUUGUUGAAACUGUCAACAGAGUAGCAAGCAACAAGAUGUGCCAAAUAAGUUUUUUAAAAAACACUUGAAGGAAAAUAAAUCAGAUUUGACAGUUCAGACAGUAGUCAUUGCCAGGAAUCUCAAAAUAUCUGAUUCCAUGUGCUUUUUGGGUGUUCUGAUUGCAGAAAAAACAAAAAAAAGAUUUAAAAUCGGAUAUGCCUAAAAAAAAAAAAGGGGAUUUGAGUCACUUCAAACUGCUAGUGUGAACAAGGCUUUAGUGGGUCUCAUUGUGUUGGAGAAUAGGGAUGAACUCCCAAAUACGUGAUGCCCAAUGGGUUGCUCUAACUAACAAUUGGUGCACCACCCAGUGGGGAAUACGUGUAUUGACAUUACCACAAAUGAUCUGCCUUAUUUUAUUAACUAUGUUGGUAGAACAGUAUGGCCCUUUUUUUCUGAUUUUCUGUUUUUUUUCUAAGAGGAAAUAUACUGUAUACUUGAACUUCUGAACAAGUUUGCACUCUGUCCAUUUUGUAAUAAUACUACUGAAACUUUGCUAGGUUUUAUCAUUCCGUGUAUCAUCUGUUCGAUCAAGUGUGAUUUGGGGAUAAUAUUGUGGAGGGGUAGAAUGCAGACCUGGGAGAAUCAGAAUGAAGCAAAUGGAUGAUGAGCUCUACAAUGGUUGAGACGUUUGACACUGGGCUUGUUUUUAAUUUAUACGUUUCAAAAUGUUUUUAUACUUGUGGUAUUCAAUCUGAUCUGACUAUGAAUGUUUUAAGACGGACAAUUAAAAAUAUAUAUAAUGGAGGAAGA